CCCUGGCACCCACCCCGGCAAACAUCUGUCCUGCAGGGAACUGGGGGCCUGCUAAACUGAUCCACACCCCCAACAUGCUCAGUUUGGGGUUUCUCUGCCUUUUCCUCCUGCACCAAUCAGUAGGUGCCACCUUGCAACUUGCUGCUCCUCCAUCUCGCCAGGUUCUGGUUGGAUCUCGCGCCAUUCUUCCCUGCAUGAUCUCAGUUGGCAAUGCUUCCCUGGACCUGAAUUACCUUGUGGUGAUCUGGUUCUUCCAAAACAAAGAAAUCUUGAGAUUUGAUAACAAAUGCUUCAGUUCCACAUCAAGGAGAUCAUUUGAGCAGCAGGAAGUCGACAAUGGCAACUUCUCUUUGGCUUUAUCCAAUGUGAGGAGCUCAGAUGAAGGGGUCUACACAUGUGCGGUGGUCUAUAGUCCUGAGAGAGAAGACAGGGAGAUCAGGCUGAUUGUUCUAGGUAAGUACUAGGUCAAGACUGGAUGUUCUCUGCUUAUUUCACCUGGAUUAUUAAGGGAAAAGUAAAGCUCAAUUUUAAUUUUUGACACAACUGGAUCAUGUUUGUUGGAAGUUAUUAG